GGAGACGGACGUGGUGGAAGUUCUUCUUCAGUCCUGCUCAGAGACGGAGACGUUCAGACACAGUUCUGAGAUGAAUCCAGAGGAAAGAAGCUCCGGUGGAGAAUCAUCUGUCAGAUCAGGAAGAAGAUGAUCAGGAAAUGUUUGGACCUGAUGGGUGUGUUGAGGUUCUCUGGUCCAGAAUAACUAGAGUCCAUGGAGGGGAAUCCUGCCGGCAGGACUGGAUCCCCCAGCAGCGAUUCCUCAGAUAAUGGUGUCAGACCAGCACCAGAGGGAUGCUCCAGUUCCUCGGAUAUGGGAGGCAGCGGAGAGUUGGAGGGUUUCUGGAAAACAUGCAGCAUUUAUGAAGCUCAGAGGGAGUGGCUAAGUGUGGUGUCAGAGCUGACUCAGCGUUUGAACAAAGGAAAGUCCCCUGUACUGCCAGAAGCAGGUUUGGGAGAGUCCAGGGGUGUAGAGGACGGGUUUGGACCGGAAUCAUCCUCCGUCAGUCUGAAGACUGAGCCUGGAUCAGCCAAUCACAGCGGAGACACCUGCAUCCCUGGAUCAGCCAAUCGCAGCAGAGACACCUGCAUCCCUGGAUCAGCCAAUCACAGCAGAGACACCUGCAUCCCUGGUUCAGCCAAUCCCAGCAGAGACACCUGCAUCCCUGGAUCAGCUAAUCAAAGCAGAAACACCUGUAGAUCAGCCAAUCACAGCAGAGACACCUGCAUCCCUGGAUCAGCCAAUCACAGCAGAGACACCUGCAUCCCUGGAUCAACCAAUCACAGCAGAGACACCUGCAUCCUUGGAUCAGCCAAUCAAAGCAGAGACACCUGUAGAUCAGCCAAUCACAGCAAAGACACCUGUACAUCAGCCAAUCACCCCAGAGACACCUGUAGAUCAGCCAAUCCCAGCAGAGACACCUGCAUCCCUGGAUCAGCCAAUCAAAGCAGAGACACCUGUAGAUCAGCCAAUCACAGCAAAGACACCUGUACAUCAGCCAAUCACAGCAGAGACACCUGUAGAUCAGCCAAUCACAGCAAAGACACCUGUACAUCAGCCAAUCCCAGCAGAGACACCUGCGUCCCUGGAUCAGCCAAUCACAGCAGAGACACCUGCAUCCCUGGAUCAGCCAAUCACAGCAGAGACACCUGCAUCCCUGGAUCAGCCAAUCACAGCAGAGACACCUGCAUCCCUGGAUCAGCCAAUCACAGCAGAGACACCUGUAGAUCAGCCAAUCCCAGCAGAGACACCUGCAUCCCUGGAUCAGCCAAUCACAGCGGAGACACCUGCAUCCCUGACGUCAUCUAUGAUGACGUACCUGCCGACAGCCCGCAGCACCUGCUGGAAGAAGGAAUCUAUGAGGACGUGGAGGUGCCUGAUCAGCAACACUCCAACGGCUGGAGCUCCGGCGAGUUUGAGAGUUACGAGGAGGUUCCGGACGGGGAGAACGUUUGUCCAUCCACCGACAGCAAGGUCCAGCAGUUCCUGAGAGCAGCGAGGACCAGAACCAGAACUACACUGGCCAUGUUUCGCAAAGUCUCGUUCCUGCAGAAGAAGAACUGCUCAGCGGAGGACUCCUCCAGCUACCUGGAUUUCUCUGUGUGUGAGCUGAAACAUCCUCCAGCGAAGCUCCGCCCCCAACCAGAAGGACUGAGCAGCCAGCAGGUGGUCAGACGCCUCAUCCUCAGCUCCAUCGUACAGAGUGAGAUCAGCUACCUGGACUCUCUCAAGAGAGUCCUACAGGAGUACCAGAAGCCUUUGUUGGAACCUCAACACCUGAUUCUGAAUCCAAAGAAGAUCCAUCAGAUCUUUUACCGUGUGAAGGAGAUCCAUCUGUGCCACUCCAUGUUCCAGAUCGCUCUGGCCUCCCGAGUGUCUGAAUGGGACCAGAGUGAAAUGAUCGGGGACCUGUUCGUGGCCUCGUUUUCCAAGUCCAUGGUUGUGGACGUGUACAGGGACUACAUCAACAACUUCACCAGCGCCAUGACGCUCAUCAAGAAGGCCUGCGUGUCCAAGCCUUCCUUCCUGGACUUCCUGAAGAAGACGCAGGCGUCCAGUCCAGACCGGAUCACUCUGUACGGGCUGAUGGUCAAACCCGUCCAGCGCUUCCCUCAGUUCAUCCUGCUGCUGCAGGACAUGCUGAAGAACACCUCCAAGUCCCAUCCGGACCGUUUACCGCUACAACUGGCUCUGACCGAGCUGGAAACUCUGGCUGAGAAACUCAACGAGGAGAAACGUCUGGCUGAUCAGGAGGCCGAGAUCCAGCAGUUGGUUCAGGGGGUCGGAGACCGGAACCUCAGCAAGCGGCUGAACUCGGAGCAGCUGAUCCAGUGUGACCUGCUAACGGAGGUCGUGUUCGGGGAAAACGGUCAAGUUCUCAAGUCCAAGCAGCGAAAGCUGUUUCUCCUCAACGACACCCUGAUCUGUGCCGGCGUCAAUCUGAAGGGUCACCCUGACAUCAGCAGCUUCCUCCCACUGGCUCCCAGAUACUCGCUGAAGUGGAGCGCCCCCCUCAGGCAGACCAGGGUGGUGGAGGUCGGCCAGGAGGGCGUCGUCAGGCGCAGCAGCAGCACAGGUAGUUUGUUCCUGCAUCCUCGUAGACUUUACCAGGAGAUGGAGGAGCUCCAACAUGACCUGGCGGUGGUGGAGGAGGUUUCAGAGCUGGUGGGAACUCUGCACGGAACCUACCAGAACCUGAACUCAACGGUGUCCCAGGACUGGCAUCUGGCUCUGCAGAGGCUGAUCCACCUGAAGGAGGAGGAGAUCCAGAACGCCAACAAGUGCCGCCUCCGGCUGUCGGUUCCAGGAAAACCAGACAGGGCCGGCCGGCCGGUCAGCGUCAUGGUGGUCUUCAACACUCCCAGCCCUCACAGCAAGAUCUCCUGGAUGAACCGGCUGCACCUCGCCAAGAUUGCUCAGAGAAAAGAAAACACUCCAGGAUGGGAAAGUGCUGAAGACGAUGGAAAGACCAAAACUCUGCUAAGUUCGCCCUUGCUGAGCUGCUCACUUCCUGUUUUCUCCUCCGGGGCCCAAACUCUGAGGGCAGCUCUGCACAUCCCAUCCCAGGCCUUCCUGCUGGGGCCCUGCUGCCCCUCUACCUGUUUACCCCAGGGUUACCUCUGGGUUGCAGGAGGCUCGGACUCCCACAGUCGUGUGGACAUCUUCUCCUUGAACCGGUCGACCCCCCGCCUGGUGAAGAGCCUCCGCCUGAGGGCACCGGUCCUCUGUCUGGAGCAGGUGAAGGAGGAGGAAGAGGAGGAAGACGAGGAAGAGGAGGGAGUGGCUGCAGCCAGCAGGGGGAACAUGAUCUGUGUGGGUCUGCAGGACGGCAGCAUCCAGGUGCACAGCAGCAUGGACACGUCUGUGGAGCUGCUGCAGACGCUGGAGACGCCGGGCGGCUGCCCCGUCCUUUGUCUCUGCUGCUCAACGUCCUUCUUGUUCGCUGGACUCUCCAACGGGACGGUGGUGGAGUUCAGAGCUGCAGAGAGGCUCUGGGAGGUGGACUCCUUCAGACCGGUGGGUUCUGAUCCGGUCUGCAGUCUGCUGGCGCUGCCGGACUCAGUCUGGGCUGGAUGCGGCAACCGGGUCACCGUGAUCCAGGCCGGGGCCGACCAAACACAGACCUUCCAGGCCCACCAGGACCCCGGCUGCAGCGUGACCCGCAUGGUCCACUCGGGUGGGGGGGUGUGGAUGUGCUUCUCCCAGAGCUCCUCCAUCCACCUGUUCCACACCGAGACCCUGGAAGCCCUGCAGGAGGUCACCGUGUCCCCCCACUCCCCCCACACAGGUCCGGUGGGCGUUCAGGUCUCCAGCCUGCUGAUCUGCCAGGGUCUCCUGUGGGUGGGAACCAGCCAGGGCCUCAUCCUCACCUUCCCCGUCCCCAGCCUGGAGGGAAUCCCCAAGAUCACAGGAAAGGGGAUGACGUCUCUGAACGCCCACUGUGGCCCGGUGGACCUGCUGGUGUCGGCCUGCAGCUCGCUGCCCUCGGACUUCCCGCGGUGCGACGGCGAGGAGGCGGAGGACCAGGGAGGAGAGGAGGCUCGGCCCGACCAGCCGGAGGCCCGGCCACCGCGGCAGGACCGGGCCCGGCUGCUGCGCUACCGCCUCAGCUCCACCCACGAGCUUCCUGGGAAGGUUCUGACGGCAAAGCCGGAGCAGGACGGCGACCCGGCGGACUCUCCGGAGCACCGUCCGGAGGACGGUUCCAUCUACGAGCUGAGCGAGGACCCGGAUGUGUGGGUGAGGGGGCGGGACUCGGCGUGGGGGGGGAAGGGCAGGGAGGCUCGGCGAGGCCGACUCACCUCCACCGCCGUCUUCUCCGCCGGGAGCGGCUGCCGCCGGGUCGACCAGCCCGACGGCGCCGACGCCACCAACAACAUGCUAAUGGUGUGGCAGCUAGCUCUGACCGUCAGCAGGUGACACACUUCCAUCACCUGA